AUGCCACGAAUAUAUAAAAGAAAACUAGGUUCCCGCGAGUACCGAAAUUACACAGAAGCCAGGUUAGAAGAAGCAUUAACUCAAAUCGUGGACGGUAAGCUAACCAUCAGAGGGGCAUCACAGCUUUAUAAUAUAUCUUAUGGAACUUUGUAUAAUAAAUACAAAGGGACGCACGUUAAAAAGCCUGGCGCUCAACCAGUUUUCUCGGAAUCUGAGGAAGAAGCUUUACUGAAAUCAGCGGCAAAGUGUGCAGACUGGGGUUAUCCUCUGACUAUUCUGGAUUUAAGGUUCCUCGCAAAAGCUUUUCUGGACAGACAAGGGCGAGUGGUCUCUAAAUUUACUAACAAUCUUCCCGGAGUUGAGUGGGUAUAUUCUCUUCUACGACGCCAUAAAGGUGAAUACUCUCAAAGGGUUUCAUCAAAUAUUAAAAAAGCUAGAGCAAAUGUUUCUCAUGAGAGUAUACAUGCUUACUUUAACAAUCUUACAACUGUUGUUAAAGAUUUGCCAGCGUCUAAUAUUUUUAACUAUGAUGAGACGAACAUGAGCGAUGACCCUGGAAAAAAACAAGGCAUUUACAGACGAGGGGUCAAAUAUCCAGAAAAAAUUAUUAAUUUCUCAAAAAGUGCUACUACAGUGAUGGUAUGCGGGUCUGCUGAUGGUGUUAUUUUGCCACCCUAUGUCAUAUACAAAAGUGCACAUCUAUACGAUACAUGGAAAGAAGAGGGACCGCGGGGUGCACCAUGUUGCGGGAAGACCUGCUGCUCCCAGGGAUCUCGAUUUAACAGAACCAGCAGUGGCUGGAUAGAUAGCAUAACGUUCCGUGAUUGGUUUAGGACUUCUUUUUUGCCGCACGCCAAAGCAUUGCCAGGUAGAAAAGUUUUGAUUGGGGACAAUCUAUCCUCACAUAUGGAUGAUGACGUUCUAAAUGAAUGUGAAAAAAACAACAUUGAUUUUGUUUGCCUGGUUCCAUACUCAACUCAUUUAUGUCAGCCGUUAGACGUGGCCUUCUUCAGGCCAAUGAAAAGCGCUUGGAGAAACGUAUUGACUAACUGGAAAAUGCAAAACCCUCGUUUAUCAACUGUCCCAAAAGAUACUUUUCCGCGCUUGCUCCAAAAGGCACUAAAAAAGAUAGAUUCAGUCCAAGCCAAACCAAACUCACCUUUUGCAAAUGUCACUGAAGGAGUGAAAAGAAAUUUAAUGAGUGCUUUUAAAGCCACUGGCAUAUUUCCCCUAUCGAGAGAACAGGUGUUGAAACGACUGCCUAUUGUAGAAAAUAGCGACCCGACGAACGAAGUUGAAAGUUGUUUAACUGACUAUCUCAGAGAACAGCGUUACGGUGGUCAAUUAGUAGGUUCUAGAAGAAGGACAAGACUAAAUGUUGAGCCAGGUGCUAGCGUCUCUACUGCUAAUGCAGUUGACACGCAAGCGCCUGAGAGAGAUGCCCAUGACUUAAAUGCUUCUAAUAUGGACCAAGGAAACUUACCUUCAAAUAAUGUUGAAGAGGUACCGCGUGAUCUGGUCCCUAUAGAUGAGGCCACUGAGUCUGAAAAUCCAGUUUCAGAGACACAAGAAGAUUUAGAAGUAGGGAGAUUUGUCUUGGUAAAAUUUUACUCUCGUCGAGGAAAGAAAACUUACAAAUAUGUUUGCCGAAUUACCUGUAUGGACCCCUUAUUAGUCGAAGGUUUUAAAUCGAUGGGAAAUAAAAAAGACUUCAGACUUGUACGUGACGACAUAUCAGAAAUUGAAGAGACUGAUAUUUUAAGCUAUCUGUCAAGGCCUCGAACUUUUGCUAGUAAAGAUAAUGUUGAAUGCGUUCAGUUUAACUUUGAUGUUAAUAUUUUAGAACUUCCUUGA